AUGGCUAUCAAACUUGAAAGCGCUGCUGAGCCACAAAUUGCUAUCGUCGGGGGUGGAAUUGUGGGUGUGAUUCUCGCCCUCGGACUUGUUCGACAGAAUAUUUCGGUUCAUGUGUAUGAACAGGCUGCUGGCUUCCGAGAGAUUGGGGCCGGCAUUGCUUUUUCAGCAUGCGCCCGCCACGCAAAAGUGGACCUCAUGGAUCCUGUGAUUACCGAAGCCUUGGGACGGUGCGGUGCCGUUUUAAUAUCGGAUGAAGAUAAGGAAGAUGACUACCUGCGCUGGAUUGAUGGAUAUAACCAGUAUCACACUGAUGACUCCACCUAUCAGAAGCCGCUGGCUCAAAUAGGAGGUGCCGGUUUCAAAGGCUGCCGACGGGACCAGUUUCUAGAAGAACUUGCCAAAGAUAUGCCGCCAGAUGUGAUCGAGUUUAGCAAGCGGCUAGAGGGGCUUGAAAAGAGAGAAGAUGGAAAGAUAACUCUCACUUUCUCCGAUGGGACCAGUGCGGAUGUCGAUGCCGUGAUUGGCUGUGACGGUGUCAAAUCAUGUGUGCGCAAAUUUAUGUUUGGUGCAGAUCAUGAGGCUUCAAUCGCCCAGUACACGCAUAAAACGGCCUACCGGGGCCUAGUUCCACUAGAUCUUGCAACUAAAGUUCUAGGAGAGUGGAAGGCAAACAACUUUCAUCAUCACGUUGGCCCCGGUGCUCACAUAACGCACUACCCAGUGGCAAACCACAAGGUGCUUAACGUGGUUGUCUUUCUGUCAGACCCAGAACCAUGGUUUGAUUCAAGUAGUAUGAUAGCAGAGGGUACGCGAGACCAGGUUGAGGCAGCGCUGAGUGGAUGGCACCCGACAGUCCUUGGUCUGGUCAAACUCCUACCAGAAAAGUUGGUGACUUGGGGUUUAUUUGAUCUUGGGGACUUUCCAUUGCCGCAUUACAACGACGGCCGAGUUUGUCUUGCUGGGGAUGCUGCGCAUGCUUCUAGUCCACACCAUGGAGCUGGGGCUUGUCUUGGGAUUGAAGAUGCACUUUGUCUGAACGUACUUCUAGGUCAAGUUCAGCAGGCACCCUUUGAGAGCAAGGGGACAGCUCUGGUAGCCGCAUUUAAGACAUUCGACUCUAUGCGUCGACUACGUACCCAGUGGCUUGUAAACAGUAGUAGGCGAGUCUGUGACCUAUAUCACCAGUCCGAAUGGGCUGACCCAAAGCGGCGGACUAAGGCCGAGACCUGUUUUGAAGAAAUCAGGGACCGUUCAUACAAAAUUUGGCAUUUUGAUGCUGAUAACAUGGUAGAGCAUGCUGUGGCUGAGUACAAGCAAAGAUUUUCAGCUCUCGGGCAUGGUAGUCUUCAGUUUGAAGAUAACGAGGACAGCUACCACCUGUGA